GACGCUCCAAAAAAAACCCUAGAAAAACCCCGAUACGCCUCUCUUUUUCUCUCCUUGUUCUGCGCCCUCCCUUCCGGCCUUCCCCCCUCUCGAUCCCUACGACAAUGGCGGCGGCAACCCCUUUGGACGAGGCCAAGGCGAAGAACGUGCUACGGCAGGUGGAGUUCUAUUUCAGCGACAGCAACUUGCCCCGCGACAAGUUUCUUAAGCAAUCGGUGCAGGAGAAUGAGGAUGGACUGGUGAGCUUGUCAUUAAUAUGCUCAUUCACUCGUAUGAAAAACCAUCUGGGCUUGGAUGCGGCGCUGAAGCCCGAAAAUAUCCCAGAGGAGAUAGUGCUAGCGGUGGCGGAUGUUCUAAGGAGCUCAACAUCCCUUCGAAUCUCAGAAGACGGAAAGAGAGUUGGAAGGAGUACUAACCUUGUGGCACCUGAAGAAAUUCUAGAGCUUGUGGAUUCAAAGACUGUUGCUGCAUCGCCAUUGCCUUAUGAUGUUAAGAUAGAAGACAUCCAUUCCUUCUUUGCUCAGUGUGGAAAGGUAAAUAGUGUUAGGCUUCCUCGUCAUGUUUUUGACAAAAGACACAUCUGUGGCACUGCUUUGAUUGAAUUUUCAGAAGAAGUGGACGCAACUAAAAUUUUACAGGAGAAACUUGUUUUUGCUGGAGCGGAGUUAGAAUUACAACCUAAAAAGGAUUUUGAUCUUCAAAGAGAGAAGAAGAGAGUAGAAGCUGAAAAGUUUUAUAACAGAAGUUCAUCAGAUGAAAGCUAUCCAAAAGGGUUAAUUAUUGCAUUUAAGUUGAAGAAAAAGCAAGACGAUAAACCUCUUGAACAGAAUACUGAAAACAAAGUUAAUGAGAAUAAAGGAGGCUCCACCAGUGAAGAGGUUGAAGACACAGGGAAUGAGGAGAAUAAAGAGAAGGGAGAAGAGGCUGGCAAGUUGUCCGAUGUUAACAUAAAAAAUGAUGAAGAUAUGACUGAAUGUCUCUCAGAGAAAAUUGAAGAAGAGGCUACCGAUGAGGUUAAACAUGACAGUGAAGAUAAGGAAGAUAAAUCUCUGCCAGUGGAUAAAAGCAAGAACACGAAUGAUGGUAGUAUAGUGACAAGGGAGGACAUUAAACAACUUCUCGAGAAAUUUGGUACUGUUAAGUUUGUUGAUUUUAGAAUGGGUGAGGAAUCGGGAUAUGUUCGUUUCGAGGACCCUGAAUCUGCUACGAAAGCUCGUGCUGCAGCAGUCCUUGUUGAAGGUGGCUUCAUCGUGAAGGAUUAUGUUGCUACUCUGGAAGCAUUGACUGGUGAUGCAGAGAAGGAAUACUGGAAUCUGCUCCGUGGUAAUCAGGAGAAGCGUAAAGAAAACAAAUCAAACAGAGGAAGGGGUGGUAGAUUUAAUAGGGGAGGAAGAGGGCACGGCGGCAAGCGCCCUCACCACACAAAUCCUGGUGAAAAGCAUCCUAAUAAAGCUCAGAAAAUUGAGGCUUGAGGCUUCUGCAUGACGUGCUAGUGCCAAAGUGUUCUCCGAGUUUUGCAGCAUUCUGAGGCAAGUUAGCUAAACUAGCCUGCACGCUCAGGAAUUUUCCCCAUAUGGAGUAAGUUAUAAGAGCAAACAUAACUACCUUAGUCUUGAUAGUAUGUGAUAUACCAACUUCUAAUGUUAUGCUAGUAUCUAUUUAGUUGACUGGAUCGUGGUGUCUAAUGUUUCUAGUAUUCCAGCUUCCUGAAUUAUCAUGUGAUAUACAAACUUGAGGUUUCAAGUUGUCAGUCUGGAUCAGACUGCAGUGACAAGUCUAUUUUUUGAAUGUGAUCGAAUAUUAUUUAAGUUUUAAGUUUGAAGCAA